AUGGCGUCCGUGCAGUUUCGGAGGGGAGACACCGUUCAGCCGGCCGCGCCUUUGAGCAAGUCCGUCAUCUUUGGAGAGCGUGCUCACGGCUCCGGACGAACGCGGGCGGCCGAGAAGGCUGAGGCGGAGAUAACCUCUGUAGGCACGUCCGGCCUCGGCGGCGUGCUGGGCUGGAUCUGUGUUCACCCUUUCAACACGCUGGCCGUCCGGAUGAACCUGUCCGUCAUGUCGAGCGGCGGCGCGCCUCCCGCUCCCUUUGCCUCGUUCGCCUCCGACCUGAUCAAGCGCGAGGGCGUCGCCGGCCUGUACGCCGGCCUCGGCGCCGGUUGCCUCCGGCAAGUCUUCUACGCGACAUCGCGGUACGGCCUCUUCGAGACCUUCCGCGACGCGCUCGCAAAGUACCGCAAGACGGACUUUGCGCAGCGCUUCGCCACCGCCUCGGUCGCCGGCGGCUGCGCCGCCCUCAUCUCGUGCCCCGUCGAGGGGCGGAUCUAA